AUGAGCAUGCAAGAGAGUUGUCGGCGGCAUGUCGGACAGUGGAGUGCAGCAGAAAGACACUACGUUCACCAAAAUAUUCGUGGGCGGACUACCGUACCACACCACGGACAAGUCGCUACGGCAGUUUUUCGAAGCCUUCGGCGACAUCGAGGAGGCUGUGGUGAUCACCGACCGGCAGACCGGCAAGAGCAGAGGCUAUGGUUUCGUGACGAUGGUGGACCGGGACGCGGCGGAGCGCGCGGUGAAGGAUGCCAACCCGAUCAUCGACGGCCGCAAGGCCAACGUGAACCUCGCCUACCUGGGGGCCAAGCCCAGGGCUAACGCACACAACGAUUCCAUCUAUGACUUGCGGCACCAUCUGUGCGACGCAGCGCCACCUCGACUGCUCAUCUGCCCCGAUGGCCGUAUCCUGUUCGCCGAAACAGCUGCGGCAACCAUAUCACGUGACGGAGCGUCAACGGAAAACGCAGCUUGUGGAUUCCCCUUGUCUGUGAGGGCAGGCUACCCGACCCUCCUUCCUAGUCAGUUCACAGGGAUGCACCAGCAGUACGUCUACCCGUCAGCCUACCUGCCAUCGCCCAGCUUGAUCCUGCCCCAACACCCUCCGCUCUCUCCGGCGGCUGCGGCAGCCGCUGCCGCCGCCGCCUUCUACGACUACGUGCCGCCGUCUUUCACCCCGGGUGGCGCUGCUGCCGCCGCUGCCGCCCUGGACCUGGGCUACCCCUUCUCGCCGAACCAGUCCAAUGCCCUGGCAGCUGCUGCUGCGCAUGCUGCAGCCAGCUACCUGGCCCCGCCCCCGCACCACCCGGCCAGCGCCGCCGCCGCUGCGUACUACACGCUACCGCAGCCGCUGGGCGCGGUCACAAGCGCUGCGGGCUCGCUUGCCUCUACGUCCCCCUAUGCAGCUCAGGUGCAAGACGCGAGGCUACAAUAGCGGCGGGGUGGUGGCCUCUUUUGUCGCCGCUCCGCCACAGUAGGAGUCGCCUUCUCCGUCGUUUCGAGAGAGCACGUGGACGGCGCGGUUUUGGUUGGGGUGGGACCGACGUUGCUUUUUGCGGUCUUUGAGACGUUAGCCAAAGUUUCUUCGCACCUGACUCGAGCUUAGAGAUGCCCCACUGAGCUCGAUAAGGUUCCUUGUUUGCGCGCCGGUUGGGUGGCGUUGCGAUGGCGGCUGUGCCGGUGCACAUAAGAGCCCAUCUCGAAGACUGCAGGAGGCCAUCGAAGGUUUCCACCGAGCCGCUUCCAAAAGGGAGAAGAGACGACGGAAGAGAAUGGAGCUGUCGGCAGCGGGGGAGACAGAGAGGGUCCGGAGGAAGGGAAGGUUGCUGGAAUGGGAGGCCCGUCGUUUUUGUAGAGCGUUGCGCCGCUCUCUCCAGCACAGCCCUUUCCUCAGGGUUCCGGCACCCCCUGUUGUGCCCUUUAGUCACUAGCACACAUACACGUGGAACCGGUGUUGCCUGGAAUGCGAGGGGAGGUCCUUAGCCGCCCGUGCCAGCUGUGUAUCUACUUUGGCUCCUUGUUUCAUGGUCGUCUGCUGAUAGUCCUGUCCUGGGUCCCCCCCCCACUGCUGCCUUUGGGGUUGUACGGGCAACUCUGUUUCUCGUGUUCCAGGUAAUACCCAUUGUAACGCCACACACCAUACACAAACACACACAAAAACGAGAAUCACUUUCCGUAAAAAAAAUUGAUAUAAAAAAAAAGGAAAAACAAAGCUCAUUAACAUUUUUGCAUUAGCACCUGUAUUUGGAGACCUCUGCAUCUGGCGCUCCAGUGAAUCAUCCUUUGGAAAUUGUGGCCUCUUGCUAACAGUUUUCUACAAGCCGAGCUAUGAGUGAAGCCAUGGCUGGUCCCCCAUGCCAUUCAGACUUUUGGCGUUGAGACUGUGGAUGGAGUUUGUGAACAUUAUUUUUGAUGGCGCAUUGACAGAAAAUCACUUGUACCCACAUCGCCAGCGCUCGAUCAAAGCCAAUGUGCUCUUAUGGGAGGAGGGUGAAUAGAUUGUGACCUCUCGAGACCACAAGUGCCACAACAGCUGGUGCCUGACGAAAUCACAUAACUCGACACUUUCCAGUUGGGUGCAACAGCUGGGAAGCUAUUGCAGUAUCCAGGGGUUCAUUUCACUGGGCAGCCAGUUGUCAGACCGUCUAUGCACAGUCAUUGUUCCUACAUGUUUAUCUCUCCUUAUGUGUAACAGUGCCUUGUCCUAUGAUAAAAAGAAAAAAGAAAAAGAAAAAAAAAAGUUUGUUUUGAGAGCUCAUGCCAAGGUGAUAUGAGUGCCCAUGUUAACACAAAAUAUUUAAGCGACUCGUUACUGUAAAACACCUCAUUGUGAUAAUGAAUGCUCCCUCCAUAUGUCGCAUCUACUUGGUCCCGCAUUUGCCUUUGCAUCGUUGCAUCUUGGGACACUCAUUGAAUAAGUGCCGUUGAACUUGGUACUUACGCUCCCUCUUUUUUUUUAAUUUACUUCGCCAGCGCUUUUACGUUUUACGACAGAUCAAUCACAUUCAGAUUGCUUAACGCUCCCCGUUGACAGAAGCAGACCAAGUGCAGAGGGACUGGUGAACGUAUUGAGGAAGAAAAACAAAUUCCACUGGGCCAACGAAGUUUGCCUGGCCGUGCGUAAGAAGAAAGAGUUUUAUGCGGAACGUGUUACUUGCUUGUUAGCGUUAUUCCUUCACACUCAUACGCAAGCAUACAGGGUUUACGAGGAAGAGGACAAAGGAAAAAAAAAGCGUUGCCACCAGUUGCCAUACCUUCUCAUGAAAGCGGAUCUCACCCGUGUUUAUCGGAUUCUCAUCGUUUCUUAGUCAUUGUGUCUUUUUUAUUUAUGUAUUUAUUUUUUAUUUAUGUCCGCACCCUAACAAUCGCCUUAGCUCUGAGCAGCAGCGGCUGCGGGUCUGUUGUUGGGUACGGUUGCACGUGAGAACAAAGAUCGGCGCUGGCUCCGGUGCCUCGUUGUAAAAAGAAGUUCUUGGUUGUGCGAGGACUCAAUCGUGCCUUUGCAACGGCUCACAAGAGAAGCAGACUCACUGCGAUUGGGCGGGCUUAGUCAUUACUGGUCCACUUAAUUAUCAAAAUGUAUACAUAUGCUAUAAUUCUAAAAGAAAACACAUUAUUAGAGCCCUUUUUUGUAUUCUUGCAUUACCCGUAGUAACUGUCACACACGCGCGCUCAUCAUGUGUCAUAUUACAUAGCAGUCAGGUCGAAGACAUCCAGAUUUGUUCGCUGUGAGGUGAAAAACCGUCCACGACUCCAGAUUUUAUUUUUUGGCUGUUUUUUUUUAUUUCUUUCUUCUUAACGAGCAAGUUUGUUGGUGCAUUUGCGAGACAUCUAACUGAAGUUGACAGGCCUUUGAAAAGGAACACCGUUUUUCUCAAAAUGCUGCAUUGUGCCUUAAGACUUUGAACCUGGUCGACAAUCAUUUUAAUCUGCCAGGGCCAUCGUAAAAGGCCCCAUUUCCACCAACCAACUCACAGUUUAGGCGAAGAUUUUGCACGAAACAGCCAAAAUACUACUCUCACAAAAAAUUAACUAAAAUAAAGAUAAAAUUUGACAAACUUAUUAUUACCAUCCAUGUAGCAGAGAUGCUAGAUUAGCCUAUGUAUUAAAAUCUGAAUGACCUGAAAUUUCUAGUCAGUGGCAAAGCUAAGUUAAGACGUUUGUGACUGUUCGCUCUUGUUUGUGGACAAGAUGUGCCAACCUCAGCUGCAUUUGUGCAAGAAAGGGUUAAUGAACAAAUGUAUGCUUAACCUUUUGGAUGAUUGGCGAGAAGAAAUCUGUAGAAUCUUUGGUUUGCGAUUAGUUGAUGAUACUACCGUGAAGGGGGAAUGAACCUUGAGGGAAAGGACUGUUGGAGGCACCACAUUAAACUAAAAAAAAGGAAGCGUUCGGUUCUUGCCGUGCUUGAGUUCCUACGAGCAGAGCGCCCAAGGUGAGAUGACAUCAAGCAAGACUAAUCAGCAAGGUCUGUCAGCACUCUAUCUAUGUCGCUUGGUGCUCCAGGGAGAGUGUGCUGGCUUAAUGUCAUUGAAAUCUUUGGUGGCCAUAUUUCCUUUUUGUCAUUAUUUCUCUAGAGAAGCGCACCAAAGUCCAGUAGCACGACACACAUAUACAUAUAUGCACAUUGUCCACUCGCCACAAGUUAAAGUACUUAGUCAGUGUUGACAAUGCAUAGAUCUGAAUGUUCUUGUCUGGGUUGUCGUAAGGGACGCCGAUGCAAUUCGCGGUCUCGCGUGGCGGGCUUGUGGAGCAAUAGGAGGUCCUGCCUUGUUCUCUCUGAUGUUCUCAAUCGACCUGAUUGUGAUAUGUACUCGGAAGAAGUUUCAUAACAAUAAACUUGUAUUCUUACACUUGG